CGUUUGGCGCGCGCGGCCCGCGGAGGGGCGGCGAUGGCGGGAGGCGGCGGCGGGCCCGGAGCCGGGCCGGUGGCGCAGGGGCUGAAGGAGGCGCUGGUGGAGACGCUGACGGGGAUCCUGUGCCCGGUGCAGGCGGUGCGAGCCGCUGCUGAGGAGCAGGUGAAGGUGCUGGAGGUGACGGAGGAAUUUGGUGUUCAUUUAGCAGAACUGACUGUGGAUCCUCAGGGAGCUCUGGCUAUCCGGCAGCUGGCGUCCGUUAUUCUCAAACAGUAUGUGGAAACUCACUGGUGCUCUCAGUCUGAAAAGUUCAGACCUCCAGAGACCACAGAAAGGGCCAAAGUUGCCAUCAGGGAGCUGCUGCCCAACGGGCUGAGGGAGUCCAUCAGCAAGGUGCGCUCGAGCGUCGCCUACGCGGUGUCAGCCAUCGCCCACUGGGACUGGCCUGAGGCCUGGCCCGAGCUCUUCAACCUGCUCAUGGAGAUGCUGGUCAGCGGGGAUGUCAACGCAGUGCACGGAGCCAUGAGAGUGCUCACAGAAUUUACCCGAGAAGUGACAGACAUACAGAUGCCACUUGUAGCUCCAGUUAUUCUUCCAGAGAUGUACAAAAUUUUCACAAUGGCAGAGGUGUAUGGGAUUCGCACGAGGUCACGUGCAGUGGAGAUAUUUACCACGUGUGCCCACAUGAUCUGUAACAUGGAGGAGCUGGAAAAGGGUGCUGCCAAGGUCCUGAUUUUUCCUGUGGUGCAGCAGUUCACAGAAGCCUUUGUCCAGGCCCUGCAGAUGCCGGAUGGACCAACAUCGGACAGCGGGUUUAAGAUGGAAGUUUUAAAGGCUGUGACAGCACUUGUGAAAAACUACCCAAAGCACAUGAUUUCAUCAAUGCAGCAGAUCCUGCCCAUCGUCUGGAACACCCUUACAGAAAGUGCUGCUUUUUAUGUGAGAACAGAAGUAAAUUACACAGAAGAGGUGGAGGAUCCUGUGGAUUCUGAUGGUGAAGUUCUGGGCUUUGAAAAUCUGGUGUUCAGCAUAUUUGAAUUUGUUCAUGCCUUGCUGGAAAACAACAAAUUUAAGAGCACAGUGAAGAAGGCUCUGCCAGACCUGAUCUAUUACAUCCUGCUUUACAUGCAGAUCACAGAGGAGCAGAUUAAAGUUUGGACUGCAAAUCCACAGCAGUUUGUGGAGGAUGAAGAUGAUGAUACAUUUUCCUACACAGUGAGAAUUGCUGCUCAGGAUCUCCUGCUGGCUGUGGCUGCUGAUUUCCAGAAUGAGAGUGCAACUGCUCUGGCUGCAGCAGCUACGAGGCAUUUGCAGGAAGCUGAGCAGGCUAAAAACAGCGGUGCUGAGCACUGGUGGAAAAUACAUGAAGCCUGUAUGCUGGCCCUGGGCUCAGUCAAGUCUAUAAUUACAGACAGUGUGAAGAACGGCAGAAUACACUUUGAUAUGCAUGGCUUCCUGACAAAUGUGGUCCUGGCAGACCUCAACCUUUCAGUGUCUCCUUUCCUCCUGGGCCGGGCCCUGUGGGCCGCCAGCCGCUUCACCGUGGCCAUGUCACCAGAGCUCAUCCAGCAGUUCCUGCAGGCCACUGUCAGUGGACUGCACGAAACGCAGCCCCCCUCUGUGCGCAUCUCUGCAGUCAGAGCCAUCUGGGGCUACUGUGACCAACUGAAGAUCUCUGAGAGCACCCACGUGUUGCAGCCUUUCCUUCCCAGCAUUCUGGAUGGCCUGAUCCACUUGGCAACUCAGUUCAGCUCCGAGGUGCUGAACCUGGUGAUGGAGACACUGUGCAUUGUGUGCACAGUGGAUGCAGCGUUCACAGCCAGCAUGGAGAACAAGAUCUGCCCCUUCACCAUUGCAAUAUUCCUCAAGUACAGUAACGAUCCUGUUGUUGCUUCUCUUGCCCAGGAUAUUUUUAAGGAGCUAGCUCAAAUAGAAGCCUGCCAGGGUCCAAUGCAGAUGAGGCUGAUCCCAACCCUGGUCAGCAUCAUGCAGGCCCCAGCUGACAAGAUCCCAGCGGGGCUGUGUGCAACUUCCAUUGAUAUACUGACCACAGUUGUGAGGAAUACAAAACCCCCUCUGUCCCAGCUCCUCAUCUGCCAGGCAUUCCCUGCAGUGGCACAGUGCAGCCUGAACACAGAUGACAAUGCUACUAUGCAGAACGGCGGCGAGUGCCUGCGCGCGUACGUGUCGGUGGCGCUGGAGCAGAUCGCGCAGUGGCACGAUGAGCAGGGCCACAACGGGCUCUGGUACGUCAUGCAGGUGGUGAGCCAGCUCCUGGACCCACGCACCUCCGAGUUCACCGCUGCCUUUGUGGGCAGACUGGUCUCCACUUUAAUUUCGAAAGCCGGGAGUGAGCUGGGAGAGAAUCUGGAUCAGAUCCUGAGAGCCAUCCUGAGUAAAAUGCAGCAAGCAGAGACGCUCAGUGUGAUGCAGUCCCUGAUCAUGGUGUUUGCUCACUUGGUUCACUCACAACUGGAGCCACUCCUGGAAUUCCUGUGCAGCCUUCCUGGCCCCACUGGCAAGCCUGCCUUAGAGUUUGUGAUGGCCGAGUGGAUGAGCAGGCAGCACCUCUUCUAUGGGCAGUAUGAAGGCAAAGUCAGUUCUGUAGCACUGUGCAAACUCCUGCAGUAUGGCAUCAACACAGAUGACAAGAGACUUCAGGACAUUAGGGUGAAGGGAGAAGAAAUAUUUAAUAUGGAUGAGGGAAUUCGGACACGAUCCAAGUCGGCCAAAAAUCCUGAGCGCUGGACAAACAUUCCUUUGUUAGUAAAAAUCUUAAAAUUAAUAAUAAAUGAACUCUCUAAUGCCAUGGAAGCAAAUGCAUCUAGACAGACCACUGCAGAUUGGAGCCAAGAUGAUUCAAAUGAUAUGUGGGAGGAUCAGGAAGAAGAUGAGGAUGAAGAUGAAGGCUUAGCAGGACAGUUCUUAUCAGAUAUUCUUUCCACAAACAAGUAUGAUGAAGAUUACUAUGAAGAUGAUGAAGAGGAUGAUCCAGAUGCAUUAAAGGACCCUCUUUACCAAAUAGAUCUCCAGGCCUAUCUCACCGACUUCCUGUGCCAGUUUGCACAGCAGCCCUGCUAUGCCAUGUUCUCUGACCACCUCAACGACAACGAGAAGCGAGUGCUGCAGGCCAUCGGGAUAUAGACCCACUCCAGAGACCACACCUGCCAGAUCUGAACAAUAGGUUAUUUUUGGCUAAUUCCACGUUUUAUGAUAGGACAUAAAACAUUUUCCAGUGUCUGCCUGCCUUGUUCAGGUUGACAGUGGCCUCAUGGUUUUGAGCCUCAUCUUAACGCACAUCUAAGGAUGCUAAGGAAAGAAUGCCUGAGCAAGCAGCAAGGACAUUGCACAUUGGUCUCACCACAGGAGCACUUUCAUUUUCCACAGUAACUUUCCAGGAAGUUCUUAAAGAUAAGAAAUAAUGUGUCCUUAAUAUUUUUAAAGGAAACUGGCUCUACCUGUGAAGAGGCACUUUUAGUUUCCCACAGCACAGUUCAACAGAGAAAGGAACCGGGUCACUUACGGAUUGUUUGAGAAGUGGGAAGGUUGCUCCUCUUGGCUCUUGUUCCUCCUCACGUAACACAGGGUAAAUGUCUUGAUCCUACAACGUGACUUCUUUUGUAGAACCACAGACUCUUUUCAGAGCUGCCUGGAUGGGAUGGAGCCAGUUCACAGGAGUUUGGAGGGGAGCUGAGACAACCUG